GAAACGACGUCAUAUCACAUAUCCGACAUUUUCCCACGAACUCCCAUCGUCUUCUCCAGCUCCUUCAUUUUCAAUUUUAAAGCUUCCUCUAGCAGUAAUUUUGUGUUUGCGCAUUGCAAAUGCAAUCCCUAGCUCCAGUACGACCUCGUUUUAUAGGUCUAUUGAACCCUUCAUGGAUCUUCACCUCAACGCUUCGAGCAUUCUCAUCCGCGUCUUCCUCAGCUAACGUGAACCAGUCCCGUGGUGGCCUCCCUCGCUUCUUCUCUGAAGUUCUUCCUCCUUCCAAGGGUGGUUUUGUAAAGGUGCAAGGUGAUGAGUUCUGGCAUAUGACUAAAGUUUUAAGAUUGACCACCGAUGAUAGGGUAGAGCUCUUCAAUGGGAAAGGAGGUUUGGUAGAAGGGUGCAUUCAGAGGAUUGAUCGCACCGCGCUUGAUUUUGUGGCACUGGAAGACCCAAAGUUUCUUCUUCCACAGAGCCCACAGUGGCAUGUAUUUGCAGCUUUUGGUACUCUCAAGGGUGGUCGAGCUGAUUGGCUGGUUGAGAAAUGCACGGAGCUGGGGGCUAGUAGUGUAACUCCUUUGUUGACAGAGCGUUCUUCAUCUAUCUCAGAAAAUCGAGUGGAUAGAUUGGAGCGUGUCAUCUUGGCAGCAUCUAAACAAUGUCAACGGCUGCAUGAGAUGAUUUUGAAACCUCCCAUGAAAAUUGACAGCCUUCUGCCUCUCGUUGCCCAAUCAAACAUAUCUUUUCUUGCUGUAGCAGAAGCUACUCCACUUAUUACUUCAUUGACUUCAUCAAGAAGACAGUCAAAAGGGCUGAUAAUUGUUGGACCAGAAGGAGACUUCACAGAGAAAGAAGUGAAUAUGAUAAUGGAAGCGGGUGCGACUGCUGUAGGUCUUGGCCCACAUCGCCUACGUGUUGAAACUGCAACAGUGGCUCUUUUAGCAACUUUAACGUUAUGGUUCGACUCUCAGCAAAUGUCUGAUUGUUAAAUCUCUUUUUCAUGAAUUCAGAAAGAUCUAAAGAUAGAAAUAGGGUUGGUUGCUGGCAAAUGUUGACUUGCAAGCAGCUUGUUUAUGGAAUAUAAAAUUCUGAUAGAGUGGACAGAUUACAGUUUUUGUUUAGACAUUAUCUUUCAAAUAUCUCUGUGUGAUUAGAUUGAGGUUUUGUUUAGGAUAAAUAUUGAUUUUCAAAGAUCUCUAUGUGAUUGGGUUAAGGUGUCGUUAGGAAAAA